AUGGCCAGCCCCACCACGCCCCCACCCGCUCCUCGACUUGACGAGCCAACUGACGUGGGUGCUUUCCACCCUCACGGGUGGCUCGACCCGGAUAUGUACCCGCAUGUCAUGGACACUAUUCUCGACCACACCGCCCCGUUAGACAUCUGCUCGCUUCGCAACACGACCAAGCACUUGCGCGAGUCCAUCGAUCCCUACUUGGCCCGCCACGUCGUCAUCACCGCCUCACCCGAUGACGAUAUUCCAUAUGAGAUCCACACCCGACUCGGGUUCAUCCACCUGCCGUCCCCCUUCGAGUCCGCUCCGGACUAUGACAAGGAGCGUGUUGUGGACAUGUACAAGCGGACGACGGUCCUCGAUGUCGUCCACGACGUGGACUUUACGAAAUCGAACCUUUGGUGGCUUCCGGACCCCAAGGUUGUGACGGUCCGUUACCACAAGGACAAAUGGUUCCCGUGGCAGGGUGUAGAGGAGCAGGGAGAGUUUAGAGAAUGGUCCAGCCUGCCCUUCACUGCCCAAAACGUUGUUUGUUUUUCCGCCGUUGAUUCCCGCCUGGCUUCCUUUACCUCCUUUCCCACCACGCCGUGCAGUGAACGAACGGUGCUCACCGUGGAGUUUCUCCAGUCUAUGUCGAUGUCCUCUGUGCUUUUGUUCCAACCAUAUUUUGUCAACGAUGUGGCUGAGGUUGUGGUCCAUUUUAUGGCCUACAAGAACCGCAUGAAUAAAGACGAUGUCUACGAUGGGACCAUCAGCGAGGACGACCUUGCCGAUUUGGACCCGGAGCGUGGCAAGGUACUGGGACUUCUGCAGGACAUCAUCAUGCUCAAGUCCGGCGGCAGGGAUCAUCGAGCCCAUGUCACCAAACCAAUGUCCACCUGGGAUCCUGUCAUCGAGGCGAAGACCAAGUUCACCAUUGUAGGCGUCGAUGAGCUCCACCCCAGGUGGCUGGGCCUUCCGGACCGCCUUCCUCUAGAGGAUCUUGUUAAGCGCAUCCGCACUGUCCUCAAAACCGGCUUCGCCCAAGAAAAGUCACCCAUGGCUGAUGUCGACCUGGUCUGGCCGUCCAUGUCCUUCCCCACGAAGGACGAGUAUCGCCGCAGGGUUGGGGCGAGGCAGUUCCAGAUGGAGACGGAGCGGUAA